CUCCUCGCUGUCACGGAGUCGGUGCACUGAUUUCAAGCUAGUGCUAUAAAUUUGAGUAAGACCGAUCGUGAGCAUCAUUCGCUAAACACACAUCGAGGAAGAGCACCCCCAAAAAAACUUCAUUUUUCAAGAACAAACCUUCAACGGUUUUCGACCUCGACAGAACAAGAAAAUUUGUUCCGGAAAGAAUAAUCACAAAUUUGACAUCGAGGGAAGGAAUUAUACCAGUCGCAUUCCGAUACAGAAAGACAAUUUUGACUACUUGGUACGCACACCGAGAAUUGUUACAGAUAGGACAAGAUGUAUGGUUUAAGUUCAGAAUCGAAUGUUGUUCCCGAUGCGUCGGUUUAUGUUCAGGAUACACUGCUGGAAGAGCAAUCACUCUUCGACUCGUCUUUUCACGACGCGUACAAACCAGUAAAACCCAACUCGAAAACCGACUCCUACUACAAGAAACGACCACUCGAAGCGGAACUCGAAGAACCGGCGGCGAAACGAGCAUUCGUGCCAAAUGACGAUUAUCUCGAGCGAAAUUCUCCUUCUCCUGCCCCACAAAGCUUGGCUCAUGAUAACCGAAGAGUCAUCGUCCCAGCCGAUCCUCUAUGCUGGACCAAAGAACACGUUCGCCAGUGGAUCCUUUGGGCAAUCAAAGAAUUCUCACUUAAAGACAUCGACAUCGACCGAUUCAACAUCGAUGGACGCGACCUCUGCCGACUCACACGAGACGAUUUCAUGAAGCUCGCCCCAGCCUACAACGGCGACAUUCUGAUGGCCCAUCUGUGCGUCUUGAGAAAAACACCGUUACCGAAUCUCACAUCAGACGACAUCGACUCGGCUCUCGCACCCGCUUCAGUCUCGACCCAAUCCUGCACUGCUUACACCCCUACCUCAUCCCUCUACGACUCGAGACCACACCCUGUAAUCACAAGCAACCCUAACGCUGCCUCAUCCAGGAGUACCGACUACAGCAUGUCGCGCUACAGCAAUAACGAUGCCUACGACCGCGCCACACCGACCUGGAGCGCCCCAGCAUCGCAAACCCCCAGGCUCUCCCACAUGAAGGACGGGGUUGUCCCGAACAAGACCGUCCCCGAGGCAACAGUACAGACAGGCUCAUUCAAUGCCAGCCCGAUGCCCCACCGUGCCGAUACCCCUGCUACAGGUAGCGGCCAGAUUCAGCUAUGGCAGUUCCUCUUAGAGCUGCUCUCAGACCCCAAGAACGCUAACUGCAUCGCCUGGGAGGGCACCAACGGCGAGUUCAAACUGGUGGACCCGGAUGAGGUAGCAAGAAGGUGGGGAGAGAGAAAAAACAAGCCCAACAUGAACUACGACAAGCUUAGCCGUGCUCUCAGGUACUACUACGACAAAAACAUCAUGACCAAAAUCCACGGCAAGCGCUACGCCUACAAGUACGACUUCCAGGGCCUUGCGCAACUCAACCAGCCAAUCACAUCUGACGCUCAGGCGCAUGCUCAGGCCGCUUACAAGUUCCCAGGCUCCGACUUCUACGCGGGAUUCCCGACCGCAUCGCUGUACUCGCACCCCGGCGCAAACACCUGCUUCCAGAUGCCGUACUGGGGGCGUGCCCCACCUGCUUACCCACAGACCCGACCGAUGUACCCCUCACCCAUGGCCAGUAUGACCUACUACGCCUAAAUCCACCCCACAAAGACAUUUUAUAGAUAGUUUAUAAACAUAUACAUCAUAUAUAUAUAUUGAAUCGAGACUAUUUAUUCGUUUACACACUGUGGGAGCUCUGUUUUCGAGAGCCAUCAAUGAAGUUGUUUUUUGGCAGUAUUUCCCCGGUGACAUGACGGUGUACAUUUUUGUAGAAGUCGCAUAUUUUUGUAAAAAUGGUAGCAUCUGGAAUCAAUGUAGGAUUUAAAAAAAGAUUUUUAAAUGUCACGGGUUACUUCCAUAUACCUUGAAAAUGGUAAUGGUUGGCAAUUGACUAAUUAGUAUUUUAUAUAUAAAUUAAAAAAAAAGAAAGAUAGUUCUGUUUAAGGAGGCAAUGAAAUGUAAAUGAUGAUUGACAUCGGCUGUUUUCUUACAGCAAAACAAUUUUAAAGAAAUGCCAAGAAAACACUUUGUUGUUCAUAGAAUAUUUAUGUAUUACGAAGAGUUUUUUAAAUAUUGUAUAUUUUUCUCAAGCUAAAGUUCAGCAUGAAAACUAAAAGUACCAAAUAGAUAAUUUAUAAUGUUGCUGUUCUUCAUAUUUUUAUUAUAUAUUGUUGUAAAUAAAUAUAUUUGAACUUGA